GCAGUUGUAGGAAACCAUUUAAUGUUUUACACGGUGACGUUUUGAUCCAACUUCACUAAUAAAUGUGACCAAGUAAUUUUUUGUAAAGACAGUCUCUCAUGAUGGAGAAAAACUCGCUUCCACUGCGUUUUUUGGGUUCUGAGACGGUGCCCACAUAGGUCUGCGGGCCAGUGUGGAAGCUGCAGACUUUUCCACAGAUGGGUCAGGCAGUGGCUGACAGGGUAUAUGUCUCAAAGUAAGCAUGCUGAAGCAAGAGAACUUAUGUAUUCUGGUGCAUUGCUUUUCUUCAGUUACAGUCAGCUAAACAGUGCUGCUGAUUUAUCUAUGCUAGUACUAGAGUCAUUGGAAAAGUCAGAGGCUAAGGUUACAGAUGAACUCUUAGAAAGUCUCGGUAAACUUUUUAGUCUAAUGGACCCAAACUCUCCCGAGAGAGCAGCAUUUGUAUCUAGAGCAUUGAAAUGGUCUAGUGGAGGUUCAGCAAAACUUGGUCACCCUAAGCUACAUCAACUGCUAGCAGUCACAUUGUGGAAAGAACAAAACUACACUGAGUCUCGGUAUCACUUCCUGCACUCAGCGGAUGGAGAGGGCUGUGCAAAUAUGUUAGUAGAAUAUUCUGCAUCGAAGGGCUACCGGAGUGAAGUGGACAUGUUUGUGGCUCAGGCAGUCUUACAAUUUCUUUGCUUAAAAAAUAAAAACACUGCAUUACUGGUGUUCACAACUUAUACAGAUAAGCACCCCUCUAUAGAAAAGGGACCUCCAUUUGUACAGCCCUUGUUAAACUUUAUUUGGUUCUUAUUACUUGCUGUUGAGGGGGGGAAACUUACCGUUUUUACAGUGUUAUGUGAACAGUACCAACCAUCUUUAAAGAGAGAUCCAAUGUACAUUGAGUAUCUAGACCGAAUAGGUCAGAUCUUCUUUGGAGUUGCUUCAAGACAGACUUCCUCAUAUGGAGGAUUAUUAGGAAACCUUUUGAACAGCUUGAUGGGUGCAGGAGAGGAAGAUGAGGUGGAUGGAGAAGGACCAGAAGAUGUCAAUCCUAUUGACCUUGACUAGGAAGAACAUUAACUUUGAUAUAAAGAUCUAAAGACAAUAUUCCACUGAAGAACAGUGUAAAGAACAAUCUGCUAUACUAUGGGACGUUUUACAUGACCGUUUCGAUAAGCAUCUGCAAAAGGGUUCUCUCUCCCUUUCUGUGAAGGAGGUGCAAAUGAUGUUUCCUAUCUGUCUAAAUUGGAAAUGCUGUCUUAUUUAUGUUCAGUAGACAUUUUAUGGUUUAAAGAAUGGUUCCAUUGGCUGUAUGUUGACUGAUGUAAUAAUAAGUUUUGUCUUUCUAGAUUAUUUUACAUAAGGUUUAAAUACUUUACAGCUUUGUACUGGGACGCUGAUUCCAAUGGCACUACACAGGAUGUCCUCCUUUAUGUCAAACAAGAUGGUCAUUCAAAGUUAUGUCAACAAGCAUUGGGGUGUCUCAAACUGAUAAAACUAGCUCUCAUUUUACACGACGGAAUGGUCAUCAAUAGGAACAAACGUAAAGCUGUAAGGAUCAGCAGCUCUUGAUUUUUACACAAGUGGUGUACCAGUUGCACACAGAUUACAAAGGAUCAUGCACAAAAGAUGGGUUUAAUUACUUCUGAACCAAUAAACAAGAUUAAAGAA